GGCGCCUUUUUUUCCUUUAUCUGCACGAGACAAGACGCACGUGCUCUGUAUUGGACUCUAUUAAACUUCUCAUCCUGCUGGUGCAGGAGCUCGGGUUUUUAAAUGGGCGGGCUGUGUGUUUCUGUCUGACGAAUAAAAGCUGUAGCCUGUAGAUCGGCUUUUUAACCGGGUCCAAAGCGAAGCAGCCAGGCUUUAAAGGAACCGAAUCCGCUCCAAUUUAGGACGGAGGCGAUAAAGCAGUGACAAAGGUUGGGAAAAGCUAAGCGAACAUGAGCGAUAAAAAGGGGACAGUCUCACCAAAAGAGAAGGAGGCGACAGAGAAGAGAGGGCGUGGAAGACCCCGUAAGCAGGCCCAGGUAAAAACCUCUGACGAUCCAAGUGGGUCUCCAUCUCCAAAGAGACCCAGAGGACGACCAAAGGGCAGCAAAAACAAAACAACCGGCAAGGCCAAGAAAACAUCAGGAACCCCGUCUGCAGGGGGGAAACGUAGGGGAAGACCUAAGAAGGAGGAGAAGGAAGAAAAGGCAUCCCAAGAAUCAUCUGAGGAGGAAGAGGAGGAGGAGGACCAGUAAUUCAACACAUGCUACCUCACUCAACAUACUGACUUACUGUUAAUCAGAACUGGGCUGUUUUCUCCAACACCAGUGCCACCACAUGACCACUGUUCACAACAAAAGCCCCUCUUUUUUUUGCCAAAGGCGGGUUUAACACAGUUCAUAUAUCAUGCAGCAGCACUGGAUUUCUAAAACGAAAAAGAUGGACUUUCUCGAGCAUUAGAUUUUGAGACAUACGUGACAGUUUAAGUCCUUCUGUGUGUCAUGUAAUCACAAAUUCUUUGUUCUACUGGAUAAAGUGUGCUCCGAGGAGCCUAGAUGUCAGUUUUUUUUCCUACCCUAAAUAACGCUUUGUAGGACAUUUUCUCUGUUCAGUGGUAUUUGUUGCAUCGGUCACAGUAGAGCAUUCUUCUCCUUCUUUUCUUUUUUUUACUGGACAAAGGUGAAUUUUACCUUUAUGCUGUUAGAUUUUUAUUUUUUGCGGGGUGAAGUGGUUAAUCUAUCCUUUGCAUUGUAAUAUAGAUGGAGAAGAGCUCCAGCAUUUAGUAUGAGAAUAGGUUACUGACGGUAGAGUUGUCUGUUUCAUGCCGCUCUCCUUUUUCAGCUGGAGCGUCUUGACCACCCUUUUUUUUUUUUUCUCGUGUUGGACAGUUUAAAUUUUAGCAACGCUUCUCAAACAUUCUCAGUCCUUUGCAUGUAGUGGGGAGAUGUAAAGUUUGUUAGAAUAAUCUGGUCCGGAUUUUUUUUUUAUUUUUUUUAGUUUUUUUUUUUAGUUUUUUUUGUUCUGGAUUAAAUACCAUUUUUUUUUUUACAAAACAGAAUCCAUGUGUUUCUUUUUAUGUUAGAAUCUUUGUUUUUUAAAGAUAGCGUUGGCAGAAUUUUAGGCUGAAAGUAAUCAGUGUCGUUUCUUCAGGGAGCUUUUACAAAUACUGUUAAACUGGCGUCUUCACUUAAGCGCUCGCUCAAUCAUUCACAAAACUAACUGCAAUUGGUCAAACAAUGAGUUUGAUUGUAAUAGUGGAUAGUUGGUGGCACUACUAUCCAACAGGGCUGUACAUUUUUCAUUCCAUCUAGCUUUCAAUGCUUUCCCUAGCGCAUUUUUUUUCCUUUAAUUUUUGUCCUCAGUACCAGUAAUGUUAUCCUAGGUUUGUCACGCCAUCUACGACGAUGAAACUAAAAGGUUUUCAUUGUCAGGAAACCCAUGUUCAGUCCACUUAACUGUUUUUAUUUAGUUGUUUUUGUUAUUUUCUCCAUAUACGGAAGCUGCUACAACCUCAGUUACAAAACCCGGAAACUGCAAACAGGCAGGACAAAAGCCUGACCUUUCAUACCUCGCUUGAACAGGUGAUUUUUACCAUGCAAUUGCAUUAAACUGGUUUUAUGUUUUUUAUCGCCACAUCUGGCAUAAAGGUUUGUAUUUUUUUUUUUAUUAGUUGACUGUAACACAUAUCUAAGGUGUUCAGUGUAAAAUGUGUGCAUAAAUGUCUUUGCUCGUUCACAGCCGGAGCUUGCAGACAGGUUGUUUUUAAGAUGUGUGAAGUAAGUCAGGGAGACCUGUCAGCGUGACAACCGUGUUCACGGACUGUGGUAGAUUAGCAAGUGUGUUUUGUUUUUGUUUUUUUCUUUUUCCGCUUUUUUUUUUUUUCGAUCUGGUGCACUGAAAAGUUUUGGUUUUAAAUUUUUUUUCAUGGACAAAUGUGCUUUUAUGUAGACCCUGCGCUCUCUUCACUGUUCUGUUUGGCCGUUGUGCGUUUCUCAUCGUCACACAGCCGUUCUUUUAUCAUCCAGGUCAUUUCACGUCUUAUUCAACCUCUUCCACUGACCCGACAACUUCAGAACAUCAUUUGAUUUGUAUACUGUAAGCUCGAUAAGAUGGGAUCAUUUCUUUUUAAUGUACAUCUAUAUAAAUGUACAAUGUCUAUAUUUCUAUGGUGCCCUACAAUUUGUAUCAGAAAUGGUCAAUAAAAAGAACUUUUCUUUGUCUUUUGUCAUA